CAAUGAACAUGGAAUAUGAGUCCAGCCUCCUGUUGUCUAGAGAGAUGCUCUGUUUGCUUCAGGGUGUGAACGGCAUGUCUGUGGAUGAGAAGCCUGACUCCCCCAUGUAUGUGUAUGAGUCCACAGUCCACUGCACCAACAUCCUCCUGGGCCUCAAUGACCAGCGCAAAAAGGAUAUUCUCUGUGACGUGACUCUGAUCGUGGAGAGGAAGGAGUUCCGGGCCCACCGAGCUGUGCUGGCCGCAUGCAGUGAAUACUUCUGGCAGGCGCUGGUUGGACAGACGAGAAAUGACUUGGUGGUCAGCUUGCCUGAGGAGGUCACGGCCAGGGGGUUUGGGCCGCUGUUGCAGUUCGCCUACACCGCCAAGCUGUUACUCAGCAGAGAAAACAUCCGCGAGGUCAUCCGCUGUGCCGAGUUCCUGCGCAUGCACAACCUGGAGGACUCCUGCUUCAGCUUCCUGCAGACCCAGCUCCUGAACAGCGAGGAUGGCCUGUUUGUGUGCCGAAAGGACGGUGCGUGCCAGCGCCCGCACGAGGACCGUGAGAACAGCGCCGGAGAAGAAGAGGAGGAGGAGACGAUGGAUUCGGAGACGGCCAAGAUGGCUUGCCCCAGGGACCAGAUGCUUCCAGACCCCAUCAGCUUUGAGGCCACUGCCAUCCCAGUAGCAGAGAAGGAAGAAGUUCUGCUGCCGGAGUCCGACGUGCCCGCGGACACCAAGGAGAGCGCGGCAAAGGACGCAUUAACGCAGUACCCCAGAUACAAGAAAUACCAGCUUGCAUGUACCAAGAAUGUCUAUAACGCAUCAUCACACAGUACCUCAGGUUUUGCAAGCACAUUCGGUGAAGAGAACUCUGGCAACAGCCUCAAGCCGGGGCUUGCCAUGGGGCAGAUUAAAAGCGAGCCGCCCAGCGAAGAGAACGAAGAAGAGAGCAUCACGCUCUGCCUGUCUGGAGAUGAGCCUGACGUCAGAGACAGAGCCGGGGACGUGGAAAUGGACCGGAAACAGCCCCGCCCCGCCCCCGCGCCCGCCCCCGCCCCCCCUGCCGGGGCCGCCUGCCUGGAGAGGUCCAGGGGCGCGUCCUCCCCCUCCUGCUUAAGGUCUCUGUUCAGCCUAACAAAAAGUGUGGAGUUGUCCGGCCUGCCCGGUACCUCUCAGCAGCACUUUGCCAGGAGUUCCGCGUGCCCUUUUGACAAGGGGAUCACUCAGGGUGACCUUAAAAGUGACUACGCCCCUUUCCCAGGGAAUUACGGACAGCCCCACAUGGGCCAGAAGGACGCGUCCAGCUUCACAGUGGGGUCGCCCCUCAAGGGGCCUGGGUUGGAGGCGCUCUGUAAACAGGAAGGAGAGCUGGACCGGAGAAGUGUGAUCUUCUCCUCCAGCGCUUGUGACCAAGUGAGCACCGCGGCGCACUCGUACUCUGGGGUAAGCGGUUUGGACAAAGACCUCUCCGAGCCGGUGCCAAAGGGCCUGUGGGUGGGGACUGGCCAGUCCCUCCCCAGCUCACAGGCCUACCCUCACGGUGGGCUGAUGGCCGAACACUUGCCAGGAAGGAUGCGGCCCAACACGAGCUGCCCGGUGCCAAUCAAAGUCUGCCCUCGCUCGCCCCCGUUGGAGGCCAGGACUCGGACUUCGAGUUCGUGUUCCUCCUACUCGUACGCCGAGGACGGGAGCGGGGGCUCACCCUGCAGCCUGCCUCUCUGCGAGUUCUCCUCCUCGCCCUGUUCCCAGGGAGCCAGAUUCCUGGCCACAGAACAUCAGGAACCAGGCCUGAUGGGAGAUGGAAUGUACAACCAAGUCCGACCCCAGAUUAAAUGUGAGCAGUCUUACGGCACCAACUCCAGCGACGAAUCCGGAUCGUUCUCCGAAGCAGACAGUGAGUCGUGUCCUGUGCAGGACAGGGGCCAGGAGGUCAAACUUCCCUUUCCUGUAGAUCAAAUCACAGAUCUCCCAAGGAAUGAUUUCCAGAUGAUGAUUAAGAUGCACAAGCUAACCUCAGAGCAGUUAGAGUUCAUUCACGACGUCCGCCGGCGCAGCAAGAACCGCAUCGCGGCCCAGCGCUGCCGCAAGAGGAAGCUGGACUGUAUUCAGAACUUAGAAUGUGAAAUCCGCAAACUGGUGUGUGAGAAAGAGAAGCUGUUGUCAGAGAGGAAUCAGCUGAAAGCAUGCAUGGGGGAACUGCUGGACAACUUCUCCUGCCUUUCCCAGGAAGUCUGCAGAGAUAUCCAGAGCCCCGAGCAGAUCCAGGCCCUGCAUCGGUACUGCCCUGUCCUCAGACCCAUGGGUCUCCCCACAGCCUCCGGUAUGAACCCCGUGCCCUUGGGCGUGGAGCAGAACCUUGCCGCCCCCCAGUGUGCGGUGGAGGAAAGCGUGCCCUGCUGCUUGGAGCAGGGCACAGCGGCCCCCGGGCCCCCAUGGGCGCCCAGCAGCGCCUCAGAGAACUGUACUUCUGCUCGGAGGCUGGAAGGCACUGACCCAGGAACCUUCUCAGACAGAGGACCUCCUCUGGAACCCAGGAGCCAAACGGUGACCGUGGACUUCUGCCAGGAAAUGACUGAUAAGUGUACAACCGAUGAACAGCCCAGGAAAGAUUACACCUAGUGACGGCCUGCCUCCUAAUUCUCAACCCUCUCCCACCCAGGUGUCCAUGGGUCAGCCUGCGGUGCCGUUUGUCUGUCGUCUGGAAGAACCAAGAAGGAAUCUGGUGCACACUACAGCAGUCU